AUGACGGAUAAUUUAAAUGAGAGCAACUUUAGAGAAUAUCUUACAUACGAUUUAGAUGAAAUUAUUCCUAUUGGGUCAACUGAUAUAGAUAACAAAAUCAGAUUUAAGGAAAUAACUAAUAAGAGAUCAUUAGAAUAUUCACAAGGAUUUAAAUCUUUGUCUGCAUAUGAUUUUGUAUUUCCCUUAUCUAAACAAUUAUGUAGUGAUUCAAUAACAAAAAAAGCUGCAGAUAUUAUUAUGGAAAUUGUUGAAUUUAGACUGAGACAAAUUUUGCAAGACUCAAUAAAAUAUUCUUUUAAAAGGGGUGGUAGUGGCCCCUUAAAAGUAUAUUCAAAUUAUACAAAGAAAAAUUUAUUAUAUAUAUCAUUAAAUGACUUAAAAAGUGCAAUAACUUGUAUAGCUGGACUUCCAAAUGUUAUUUCUGAAAGAUAUUCAGCAAAACAAUCUAAAUAUUGUCCUUAUAUAACUUGUAAUUCUAACCCUAAAUAUAUGAUAACUGAAGUAAAUAAAGAUGCAUUUAGACUUUUCCCUGGGAGAGUUGCAGAAUAUUUUGUUUAUUUUAGAAAAUCUAAUGUAAAUUUGAAUUUAUUUAUGCCAAUAUCUAAUAUAAAUGAAAAUAAAUCAUCUACAAAUAAUGAAUUAGAUUUUUUCCAUUCAAUUAUAUUACAAAUGGAUAAUGAAAUUCCUAUUGAACCAAUAUUAAAUAUACAUUGGCUCGCAGUAGAUGGAAAAUUUGUAUCAGAACCUAACAAUGAUUUUAAAUAUAUUUCAAAUUAUUUAAAUAAAAAUAAAUUAUCUAAAUCAAAUUCUAUUAUAGCUAUUGAAUCAGUAUUUUAUCAAAAUAUAUUAUAUGACUCUAAUAUAUCAGAAAAUAUGAAAAUAUUAAUAAAUCAGGGAUUAGAAGGUUCACUUCCUGAUGAACAAAAAGAUUAUUUAAUAUAUUUAACUAAACUAUUUAGACGUGGUUUUGAAGGAUAUUGGUAUAAUUCUUGGAUUUUAAAUUAUAAAGGUCCAAAAUGUUUAUCUAAUAAAUUAUGUAGAUUAAGAGAUGUAUAUGGUUUAUCUGAGAAGGAUCUUGAUUCUAUAUCAUCUAUAUUAACAAUAGAUAAAAGCUCAAAUUUCAAAAUGGAUGAUGAUCAUGAAUAUAAUGAAAAACAACUUGAAAUUUUAUUACAAAAACAAUUAAUGAAAGAUAAUGGUAAUAUACAAAAUCUUACAGGAUUAGAACUUUAUUUAAAAAUUGAGAGAUCAUUAAAUCGUUUAGAAUCAAGUACAAUGUUAGAACCACUAUUGUCACAUUUAAUAAACUUUAUUUAUUAUAAUACUUAUCAACUUUGUAAUAAUUUUCAAAAUUUUGGGACUCUUCCUCCAGCAGGAUCUAUAAGGCUUAUAAUCCGCAUUAUUAAUUCACUUAUAAGCAAUCAAUAUUGUUCAAAUAUUACUUUAUAUAUACAUUUAAUUACUGAAUCUUUAUUAAAAAUAAUCAUUGUAUGCCCUAUAAAGUACAAAGAAUAUUAUAAAAAUAAUUCAAAAUUAAAAGAUAUAUCUAGAUUUGAAAAUAAUCUAACUAAUUUAUCAAAUAUACAAAUUUCAACUUUUAUGUUAAUUGAUAAUAUUUUAGCAAGACAAGAAGCAGCUCAAACUUUAGAACGUAUUAUUAUUUUAUGUAAAAGAAUUUUACCAAUUGGUGCUAAUAAAUUAGUUAAUAAAUUAUAUAAAUUUUAUCAAGAAUUUUUAAUUAAAAAUGUUUCUUGUUUAUCAAAAGUUAAUAUAUUUGAGAUUGCAGCAAUAUAUGGUGUUAUUUGGGGAAUUAAAGGUCUUGGAGAAAUUGCAAUUUUUACACUUUUAUUACCAAGGCUUCCAAUAUUUCUUUCAUUUUAUCCAGAUAAUUAUGAUAUGAAAGUAUGUUAUAGUUUAUUACAUACUUCAUUAAUUUCAAUUAUAUCAAAUAUGGUCAAUUCUAUUUCAAAUAUAUAUAACAAUAUAAAAGAUCACUUUACAAAUAUUUUAUUACAACAUUGGGUUAAUAUAAUCAAUAAAAUAUUUCAAAUAUCAGGAGAUUCAGUUAUUCCUAUUUUUAUGGCUUAUUAUAAUAACAAUCAAUAUGAUUUACAAGAAACUGUCUGUUUUCUAAAUAAUUGUUUAUUUAAUAAUUCAUUUGAUAAUUUUAUUACUUGUCCUAUUUCUAAGAAAAUACCAAAAUUACAAACUGCUACUCAAUUAUGUAGUGAAUAUUUCAAAAGAGAUUUACUAAAUGAACAACAAAAUACAAAUUCAAAGUUUAUUAAGGAUAAUGAUAUAAAACAUCUCACUAGUUCAUAUUUAUUUUUAAUAUUAUAA